GUAAUUUCUGGUGUAUAUCAAGGUGUCACCACUGUUGAACUUGAUUUAUUGGCUGCAGAAACUGCUGCUUACAUGACAACUAAGCAUCCUGAUUAUGCUGUUUUGGCUGCUCGUAUUUCAGUAUCUAACCUACAUAAAGAAACCAAAAAACAAUUCUCUUCUGUCAUUGAAGAUUUAUAUAAAUAUGUUAAUCCAAAAACAGGGAAAAAUUCACCAAUGAUUUCAAAAGAAACUUAUAAUAUUGUAAUGAAAAAUUCUGCAAUACUUAAUUCUGCAAUUAUAUAUAACAGAGAUUACAAUUACAAUUAUUUUGGUUUUAAAACACUUGAAAGAUCUUAUUUGAUGAAGAUUGGUGGAAAAAUUGUUGAACGUCCACAACACAUGUUAAUGAGAGUUUCUAUUGGUAUUCAUGGUGAGGAUACUGAUGCUGCAAUAGAAACUUACAAUCUAAUGUCUGAAAAAUAUUUUACUCAUGCAUCACCUACUCUAUUCAAUGCUGGAACUCCUCAUCCACAACUUUCCAGUUGUUUUCUACUCACCAUGAAUGAUGAUUCCAUUGAAGGAAUUUAUGAUACUCUGAAAAGAUGUGCAAUGAUUUCUAAAUCUGCUGGUGGUAUUGGUAUAAGUGUACAUGGUAUUCGUUCUACUGGUUCAUAUAUUGCUGGAACAAAUGGCCAAUCAAAUGGAAUUGUUCCCAUGCUUCGUGUAUUUAAUAAUACUGCAAGAUAUGUAGAUCAAGGUGGUAAUAAAAGACCUGGUGCCUUUGCCAUCUAUUUAGAACCUUGGCAUCCUGAUAUCUUUGAAUUCUUGGAUUUAAAAAAGAAUACUGGAAAAGAAGAAGUUCGUGCUCGUGAUUUGUUCUAUGCACUUUGGAUUCCUGAUCUUUUCAUGAAAAGAGUUGAGGCUGAUGCUAAUUGGAGUUUAUUUGAUCCAGCAGAAGCACCUGGAUUAAUGGAUAAAUUAUAUGAAUCAUAUGAACAAAAAGGUCUUGCACGCAAAGCUGUAAAAGCUCAAAAACUAUGGCUUGCAAUUUUGGAUUCACAAAUCGAAACUGGUACACCAUACAUGCUUUAUAAAGAUUCAUGUAAUGGUAAAUCUAAUCAACAAAAUCUUGGAACAAUCAAAUCCAGUAAUUUGUGCACAGAGAUUAUUGAAUAUUCUAGUCCUGAUGAAGUUGCUGUAUGUAAUUUGGCUAGUAUUGCGUUACCAAUGUUUGUAGAAAAUAAGGAUGAAUACAAUUUUAAACAAUUACAUGAGGUGACAAAAGUUAUAACACGCAAUCUAAAUAAAAUUAUUGAUAUAAAUUAUUAUCCAGUUGAAGAAGCAAAGAGAUCAAACCUUCGUCAUAGGCCUAUUGGUAUAGGCGUUCAAGGACUUGCUGAUGCAUUUCUUUCAAUGAGACUUCCUUUUGAUUCAACAGAAGCCAGAGAUUUGAACAAAAAAAUUUUUGAAACAAUUUAUCAUGGAGCUUUAGAAGCAUCAUGUGAGCUGGCAAAGGAGAAUGGUACAUAUGAAACUUAUAAAGGAUCACCAGUAUCUAAAGGAAUUCUCCAAUAUGAGAUGUGGGAUAAAGUGACCCCUUCAGAUUUAUGGGAUUGGAAUUCUUUGAAACAACAAAUAGCAGAACAUGGAAUUCGUAAUUCAUUAUUAUUAGCUCCAAUGCCUACUGCCUCUACUUCACAAAUUCUUGGAUUUAACGAAUGUUUUGAACCAUACACUAGCAAUAUUUAUACUAGACGUGUAUUAGCAGGCGAAUUCCAGAUAGUGAAUCCUUGGCUAUUAAAAGAUUUGAUAGAUUUGAAUUU